UUAUCGCUUUUCACGUUGCUUUUCAGCGCGUGUUUUUUUGUGCAUAAAUUGUUUGCUACGAGUUGUGCACUUUAACCAGCCGAAAAGAUGUCGAAGCGACGCAUUGAAGUGGGCGAGACAUACCCCAACAAGUCCAAGAAGGAAUCGGAGGCUUCUUCAUCGGCGGCAACUAAUUCAGCCGCUGGCACCGUUGCCCAAAUUCUAGGCGGCUUUGUGCCCAGCAAACAGCCUCCAACGAUGAAUCCCUUCACACACAAGCCUUACUCGACCCGCUAUCAAAACUUGUACAAGAAGCGCAUAUCGCUGCCCGUCUUCGAGUAUCAAGCGGACUUUAUGCGACUGCUCAGUCAGCAUCAGUGCAUUGUGCUCGUGGGCGAGACGGGUUCGGGCAAGACGACACAGAUACCGCAAUGGUGUGUGGACUUUGCAGUGUCGAAAGGACGCAAGGGGGUCUCCUGCACACAGCCGCGUCGUGUGGCCGCCAUGUCGGUGGCGCAGCGUGUCUCCGAGGAGAUGGAUGUGAAUCUCGGCGAGGAGGUCGGCUACUCUAUACGUUUCGAAGAUUGCUCGUCACCCAAAACGCUGCUCAAAUACAUGACGGAUGGUAUGCUGUUGCGUGAGGCGAUGUCGGAUCCCAUGCUGGAUCAGUAUCAGGUCAUAUUGCUCGACGAGGCGCACGAGCGUACACUGGCCACCGAUAUACUGAUGGGUGUGCUCAAGGAGGUCAUUCGUCAGCGCAAUGAUCUCAAAUUGGUGGUGAUGUCGGCGACACUCGACGCUGGCAAAUUCCAGCAGUACUUUGACAAUGCCCCACUUAUGAAUGUGCCCGGACGCACGCAUCCCGUCGAGAUAUUCUACACACCAGAGCCAGAGCGUGACUAUUUAGAGGCAGCCAUCCGUACAGUCAUCCAGAUACACAUGUGCGAGGAAAUUGAAGGAGACAUUCUGAUGUUCCUCACGGGCCAGGAGGAGAUCGAGGAGGCAUGCAAACGCAUCAAGCGCGAAAUUGACAAUUUGGGCUCGGAGACCGGUGAGCUGAAGUGCAUCCCAUUGUACUCAACGCUGCCACCGAAUCUGCAGCAGCGUAUUUUCGAAGCGGCACCGCCACCAAAUGCAAAUGGCGCAAUUGGCCGCAAAGUUGUCGUAUCGACAAACAUUGCAGAAACAUCACUGACCAUUGACGGCGUUGUGUUUGUCAUUGAUCCGGGCUUUGCCAAGCAAAAGGUGUACAAUCCACGCAUACGUGUCGAGAGUCUGCUCGUCUCACCGAUAUCGAAGGCAUCGGCCCAGCAGCGGGCGGGUCGUGCUGGACGUACACGGCCGGGCAAAUGCUUCCGCCUGUACACGGAGAAGGCGUUCAAAAAUGAAAUGCAGGACAACACAUAUCCAGAAAUCUUGCGUUCCAAUUUGGGCACCGUUGUGCUGCAGCUCAAGAAACUGGGCAUUGAUGAUUUGGUGCACUUUGAUUUCAUGGAUCCGCCGGCGCCCGAAACGCUUAUGCGUGCCUUAGAGCUGCUCAACUAUCUGGCCGCCCUCGACGAUGAUGGCAAUCUGACUGAUUUGGGCGCAGUCAUGUCCGAGUUUCCACUGGAUCCACAAUUGGCCAAAAUGCUGAUAGCCAGCUGUCAGCACAACUGCUCCAAUGAGAUACUCUCAAUAACGGCUAUGCUGUCGGUGCCACAAUGUUUCGUGCGACCGAAUGAGGCAAAGAAGGUGGCCGACGAGGCCAAGAUGCGCUUCGCACACAUCGAUGGGGAUCAUCUAACGCUGCUGAAUGUCUAUCAUGCCUUCAAGCAAAGCAGCGAGGAUCCGAACUGGUGCUACGAGAACUUUAUCAAUUUCCGAUCACUCAAGAGCGCCGACAAUGUGCGUCAGCAACUGGCGCGAAUUAUGGAUCGUUUCAAUUUAAAGCGCUCCAGCACAGAAUUCACAUCGAAGGAUUACUAUGUGAAUAUACGCAAGGCUCUGGUGCAGGGCUUCUUUAUGCAGGUAGCGCAUUUGGAGCGAACUGGUCACUAUCUGACCAUCAAGGAUAACCAGAAUGUGCAGCUACAUCCGUCGACAUGUCUGGACCACAAGCCCGACUGGGUCAUCUACAAUGAGUUUGUGCUGACCACGAAAAACUACAUACGCACAGUGACAGAUGUGAAGCCGGAGUGGCUGCUUAGUUUGGCGCCUCAGUACUACGAUCUGAAUAACUUUCCACAGUGCGAGGCCAAGCGGCAGCUGGAGCUGCUCCAGCAGCGCAUGGAGACGAAACAGUAUCAGAAGGGUUUCUGAGUAACCGAUCGACUUUUUAAACAAAUAGCUUAAACAAUAUUACAAAUGAAAUCUAACCAUUUUGUGCGUUUAAGUAGCAAUCUGAUGCUAAUGUG